AUGGAUAAAUCCGAGUUUCUUAAAUUGAAAACUGCUUAUUUAGGACAUAAAAUUAGUAAAGAUGGCAUUAAACCAAAUCCUAGCAAAAUAUCAGCCAUAGAAAAGUAUCCAUUACCCAAAACCGCAAAAGUCAAUAAACAGUUUUUAGGCCUUAUAGAAAAGUGCAAUACUCUCUUGACCAACGAUCCAAUCCUCCAAUAUCCUGACUACAACAAAGAAGUCGUUCUACCCACUGACGUAUCCAAUGUAGCGAUAGGAGUCAUCCUAUCUCAGGGACCCAUAGGAUCAGACAAACCUGUAUGUUACGCUUCUAGAACUCUAAAUGAAAGUGUAGUGAACUACAGCACUAUAGAGAAAGAACGCCUUGCCAUUGUGUGGGCACCCGAGUACUUUAGAGCUUUAGACCCCAUCUAUUUGGCUGUACUUUUAAAAUCUUAA